AUUCUUCUUGCAAUACAAAGUUUCGACGGGUGGUAAUAAACUUCAAGAGAGCAGGCUACUGGGGGCUGCCACAUCACAGUGCACAAAGAGCACACAAUGCUUUCCUUGCUCAUAGUUAUAAGUAUCUUGGCUACAGGUUUCGGUGUGCCACGGAGAUGUGAACCUGGGGACGAGACAUUAGGAAGAUGCAGAAGUCCAAACGAAGAAAAAGCCGCCUGCACAGACAUGGCUCUGGCCUAUUGUCAGGACGUCCCCUACCGCCACAUCAUGUUCCCCAACAUCGUGGGCCACCGUAACCGCGUGGAGGCGGAGCUGGGCGCGGAGUACCUGCUGCUGAGCGUGCUACACGGGCUGCUGAACGGAGAGUGUUCCGAGGAGCUGAGGCUGCUGGGAUGCUCCGUGCUGGCGCCCCGUUGCCAUGACGGCCGGAUGCUGAAGCCGUGCCGUACCUCCUGCGAGGCCGUGCGGCGCGGCUGCUCGCACGCCUUCGAAGGCAUCGACAUGGCCUGGCCCUACUUCCUGGACUGCGACCGCUUCUUCGUCAGCAACCAAGAGGGCUGCUACGACCCGCUGUCUGAGUUUAAAGCAAGGCAAGAGAUUGCCUUUGCCAACUUCACUGAUGAACCCUCGACCAUCAUCCAGUUCACUUACCACACCAACGCGCAGAUGUGGAGCACCCUGAAGCGCACGGCUGCAAAGUGUUCCCAUAUCUCUCGCACUUACAGCAUUGGACGAAGUGUCGACGGCAAAGACCUACUUGUAAUCGAGUUCUCCAAUAAUCCUGGACAACAUGAGCUAUUGGAGCCGGAGAUGAAGUACGUGGGCAACAUGCACGGGAACGAGGUUCUGGGCCGGCAGCUGCUGAUCUACAUGGCGGAGUACCUGUGCUCCGAGUACCUGCUGGGCAACGAGCGCAUCCAGACGCUCAUCAACACCACGCGUAUCCACAUACUCCCCUCCAUGAACCCAGACGGCUAUGAGCUGGCUGCUGCUGAGGUAGCUGAUCGCAACGACCCUGAGUUCAACCAGGAAGGUCCUAUCUUAAAUGGCUGGACGAGUGGGCGCCGCAACGCUCAGAACAUCGACCUGAACCGCAACUUCCCGGCCCUGACCAGCAUCGCCUACAGCCGCCGCCGCUACAGGCGCUUCAGGGUCGACCACAUCCCCAUCCCCGACUCAUACUGGUUUGGCAAGGUGGCGCCAGAGACAUAUGCUGUGAUGAAGUGGAUCCGCUCCAUCCCAUUUGUGCUCUCAGCCAGCUUGCAUGGGGGUGAACUGCUGGUGUCCUACCCCUUUGAUUUCUCCAAACACCCCCAGGAGGAAAAGAUGUUCUCAUCUACACCAGACGACCAGGUAUUCAAGCAGUUGGCUAGGAUCUAUGCUGAUGCCCAUGCUGAGAUGGCUAGCAACAAGACCAACCGAUGCGGUGGAUCCUUCUCCAAUAAAAGGGGCAUCAUUAAUGGUGCCGAGUGGUAUAGCUUUGCAGGAGGUAUGGCCGACUUUAACUAUCUCCACAGUAAUUGUUUCGAGGUGACAGUGGAGCUGGGCUGUGACAAGUUCCCAAGUGAGGAGCAGCUCUAUCCAGAGUGGAAACGCAACAAAGAGUCUCUCCUCAGUUUUAUGGAAGCGGUACAUCGAGGCAUCAAGGGCGUGGUCAGGGAUGAGCAUGGCAACGGAAUCAAAGGAGCAACCAUAACAGUGAAGGGGAUACGUCAUGACAUCACCACAGCUGAGGAUGGGGACUACUGGCGUCUGCUCACUCCUGGGCUGCACAUCUUGACCGCCACGGCAUCAGGCUACAACAAGGCCGUCAAGCGCGUCAACCUGCCCCGGGCCAUGACGCGGGCCGGCCGUGUGGACUUUGUCCUGAAGAAGGUGCCCUACGCGCCGGAUGAGGACGACCUCUACAUCCCUGGCCUCGAGACCUAUGAGCGCUUUGACCCCUACAAUCAGUUUGAGAGCUACUCGCAGAGGGAGCUGGGCGAGAACGGCGAGGAGCGACUGGAGAAGCCCUGGUGGUGGGCGUACUUCACCCAGACAGGCGACUCCGCACCCACCUGGCUGCUCAGAAACUAGAGAUAGGGAUCACCAUCUGCAGUAGAGCUAGCACUCGGCCCAACCUAGCAUGGUACACACCACCACGUCAGCACCACAACCCCGUCACAGCUAGCAAAGGAGCAGGCCGACAAAGAGAAACGCUACAAUUGUCACUGUUUACACUUAACACAUGUCAGCGUGGCCCUUGCCUCUUACAUGUUGGUUUACAAAUGGCCUUGAGCCAACAAAGCAGCUGAGAGUUUACGUAAUGUUACAAGACACAGACAGAAAUGAGAACACAUGCCUCGUUUUAUGUUGCUGACAAAUGACGAUAAUGGAUUUUGCCUGUGCUAUCUUUCUCUCUUCUCCUGCUGAACUGAAUGCCAUUUUAUAUAUUUCAGGGUAAUUUGAAAGCAGCUCAGUCACAAGCACAGAUUCAUGGUGCACUAUUAAAGGACAGAUGAACUUUUAAAUAGAUGAGAAACUUUGAAAAAAUGGCACUUUGUACACACAUCCCACUGCAUGCAUUGCCUUGUGAGAACUAAACCUGUGUUACUUGUAUUACCACUGUUGUCUUCACAAAUUAUCACAAAUUAUAGCGCAAUUUCCGUAUGAUUACAUUGUGAAUCAUUUGCAUACACACACUUUAAAAAAAAAUUUUUUUUUUUUGAGAAUUUCUACUUUUUAUUAAAAGUCCUUGAAAAGGUUAUUGUUGUUGUCAUGACAGCCAUGCAACAUU